AUGAACUAUACAAGGGACUUGGAUGAAGCAUAUGAUGAAGCCUGGGAGGAGGAAAUGGACGAUAGGCGCCUGAUUGUGACCAGCAAUCAUAUGUACAUACUCAAAGAAGGGGUGGCUACCAGCUGCAUGGUCAUGGAUGGAGACGUGGUGGUCACAGACAAAUGGUUUGCUCUUCCUAGUGAUUCUGUGCCGCAAGUUACCCUUCUCAUGGGAUUUGGAUACGAGGCAAGAUCUCUGGGACCUGCAGUAAAGGCAGCAAGUUGCCUACGGUAGAACAAAACCUCUUGUUACAAAGUGGAAAGCGCAUUCCUUGAUGGAAAUCAAGUAUGGAGAAUUAAACUCAAUGUGGAUGAUGUGUCGAAACCAGAGGUUGUGAGGAGAUCACGUUAGCAUGGUAGGGAGAUGACUGAUCAUCCGGAUACUCCUAACAUUUUCAAUCAACUACCAGAGGAACUGUGGACAACAAGUGCUGAAGAUGUGGGGCUGGUUGAUGUAGAACCAGUGGUUGUCUCCAUUCGAAAGGAAAGUGAACUCACUGUCCCAGUUCGCAAAUCUCAAUACCCUCUCAGUGAAGAGAAGACGAAGGGAAUUGAGCCUACGAUAUCAGGACUCCAAAAAGGACAGGUUAUAUAUCCAACCUCUUCUGCGUGGAAUACACCCAUCCUUCCAGUGAAGAAAGGUGACACUGGGAAAUGGAGGAUGUUGCAGGACUUCAGACCAAUCAACGAAGUAACUGUACCAGAUAUUCGAUCUGUACCAGACCCAUAUCUGGCCUUACAGAACAUUUCGCCCACCCAAGAUUGGUUUACAGUUGUGGAUCUCGCCAAUGCAUUUUUCUGCAUCCCAUUACAUCCAGAGUCUCAGCCACUUUUUGCAUUUACCUACAGAGGGCAGCAAUUUACGUAUUCUCGUCUUCCACAAGGCUACCGUGAUUCCCCGGGAAUCUUCAACGCUAUCCUGAAGAGCCACUUGGAAGAACUAACAUUUCCCGAGGGGGUGACGCUACUCCAAUACGUUGAUGAUCUUCUGUUGGCAGCACCCACUGCCGAGUCUUGUUUGCAGGCCACCAAGUCCCUUCUCCUGUUGGUAGCCAAAAAGGGAUACAAGUUAAAGAAAGAGAAAGUGCAGUGCUGUCGGAGAAGUGUCCAGUUCCUGGGAAGAGUGCUGUCCGGGAAGGGACAAGCUGUGUCUGUGGCCCAGAGGACCUCCAUUUUGGAACAUCCCAAACCCACUACUGUGCAACACCUCUUGUCUUUUCUUGGUCUUACUGGUUACAGUAGAACACACGUGCCAGAAUAUUGUCUCAAGGUGGAGCCACUGCGGGCCAUCUUGAGGGAAGCAGGAAACAGAAACCUCACAGCAGUCCUGAAGUGGACACCGGAAGCGGAAGCUGCUUUUAUCCAACUCAAGCAGACGCUAGCCCAGGCUGAAGCACUUUCCUUACCUGAUUACACCACGCCAUUCUGUUUGGAUAUUUCUGAGCAGGAUGGGUAUGUGCAUUCCAUCCUUUAUCAGAAACAAAAGGGGGAGAGGAGAGUGUUGCACUAUUACAGCGCGAAAUUGGACAACAUUGAGACAGGACAAACUGACUGUGCCAGACAUAUGGCUGCAAUCGCUAAAGCUGUAGGAAAGACAGCUCACAUUGUGAUGAGGCACCCACUGGAAAUCAACACAGAUCAUGGGGUGACCGCCUUUAUAGGCUCAAAACUAUUCACCCUCUCCAGCAAAAGAAAAUCCAGCAUAACAAAGGCCAUUACAGCACGACACAUUACAUAUGCAACAACAGCCACCAACAUGACGGACGGUAUGGGCCUUGGAGAACCACAUGUCUGUGAGGAUAGAGCAGCCAAACAAAUCAAAGUCCGAAUGGACCUGCAAAACUCACCCUUGGAAGGGAACAAGAUCACCCUGUUUACGGAUGGAUGCUGCUACAGGUCAAAAGACCCAAAGGAAGGAAACAUUGCUGCCUACGCUGUAGUGAAACAGGACACAGAAGGAGGACAUGAGGUAUUGGAAGCGGAAAAGUUGGGUCCCAAUGAAGCCUCAGCACAACUAGCAGAACUUAGGGCACUGAGGAGAGCACUCCAACUGAGCAAGGGAAAGGAGGUGGACAUCUACACGGACUCUGCCUAUGCACAUGGGAUUGCACACCUUAACCAGCUCGAAUGAGCCCAUCAAACAUAAGGUUGAGGUACAGAUGCUUAUUGGAGCAAUCCAGUGGCCGAAAUGGGUGUCAAUAAUGAAGUGUAAAGGACACAGCAAAGAGAGCACGAAGGUACGUGAGGGAAAUGAUCGAGCUGACCAAGCAGCUAAGGAGGCAGGAGGAUAUACUGCUCAACAGAUGAUACAGAGAGCAACUCAAGGCCAAGAGGAUAUAACAGAAGACACAGUAAGACAGCUACAAGAAGCAGCAGAUGUUUACGAACAGAACGUGUGGAGCAGGCAGGGAGCAAGGAGGGACCACCAAGGAAUCUGGAGGUCUCAUACAGGAAAAACAGAAGAACACGAGAAGGCACAUGGAGGAUGGAAAAGCGUAUCAAAGGCGGUUGAAAGAGCAUGGUGGCAUCCACACAGGUUGGACAUGGCAAGAGAGACAUCAGAAAGCUGUGAAGUAUGCAAACAGUAUAACAACAAAGUGUCACUCGGAGCAGUGAUAGGCAGCUUCCCAAUACCUGACGCGCCAUUUCAAGACAUUUGCAUAGAUUUCACGGACAUGGGACAGGACAACAGAGUGGAAGGAAAAAGAUACCUGUUGGUAAUGGUUGACAGAUUCACCAGAUGGGUGGAAGCCAUCCCCACAGCAAGGGAAGACGCAAAGGCUGUGAUUAAAUGGCUGAGGAGGGACCUCAUCCCAAGGUUCGGGGUCCCGCGAAUGGUCCGUUCCGACAACGGUACCCAUUUCAAGAAUGAACACCUGAGGAAGGUAGAGCAGGCCCUAGGAAUCACCCACAAGUUCGGGUCAGUGUACCACCCCCAAUCGCAGGGACUUGUAGAAAGAGCUAACCAAAUGCUGAAACGAAAAAUGGCCAAAAUCAUGGCCGGAACUAAGCUGAAAUGGGUAGAUGCGCUGCCCCUAGCUCUAAUGUCAAUGAGAAACUCACCUGGGUCUGACACCCAUUUAACGCCCCAUGAACUCAUGACAGGGCGUAGAAUGCCAGGACCACCAGCAGACAAUCUUAGCAUGCCUAGACUAGACAUUGCAAAAAUCAGAUACAUAGACUACAUGCAGGCAUUAACCUCUCUUGUUGAAAGACUGUCCAAACAGGUGGUGGAGGUUCGCACUCCUGCUGUCGAGACCACAGACGAGAACAGAGACGUCCUGGUGGGAGAUUGGGUGAGAGUAAAGGUGCAUUCCAGGAAGUGGACGGAACCAAGGUGGGAAGGACCGUUCCAGGUGAAGGAGGUAUCAAGUCACUCACUGAGGGUGAAUACAAGUAAAAAGGACGUGUGGUAUCAUAGAACAUACUGUGCAAAAGACACGGUCCCAGGGAGGACUCUAGACCAGGUACAGCAGGACAUAGCCACAGGGGGAGAAUGA